AUUGCUUGCUGUCCUGAUUCUGCAUUCCCACAUAUUUAUAGCGACAAAACUGCACCUCUUCCGGGUCACUGCCACUCACCGGAGUGGCUCAGAUAUUCACCGGCACCAUCCCACGAGUGCGUGUCGACGGGACUUCACAGAGAUGGUGACUAAGUUGGCCCCAGUGGCGACUUCCUGCGCCUGUUCGAUCUGCGCAGGAGCAUUGCGACAUAAGCGUGUGUCGCCUCUUUAUGCCAUGUUUUACACGCAUGAUUCUCUUGGAAAACAGCAGGAAACCAUGUGCUACCUGGCGUUCUGCACGCGUACUAGUGAAACCGCCAAGAAAAUACCACUGUGCACGUUUGGCGUUGCGCUUAUACCACGGUGGCAGCACAAGGCAAGGA